AUGCCAAAAGAUCACGCAAUAACUAUUGGUAAACGUGCAGUCGUCUGUCAAGACAUCGAACUGAAAGGUGAAAUACAAAUUGGACCUGGAGGUCCAAUUAUCAUUGGUCAGAAUAAUAUUGUCGAGGAAAAUGUGACGAUAAUUAAUAAAUUACCUACAGCUUUAACUAUCGGAGAUGAUAACGUAUUCGAAGUAGGAUGCUAUGUUGAAGGAUCGAAAAUUGGAAGCAAGAAUAUAAUAGAAGCAAAAGCAAGAAUCCUGAGCGGUACCUCCCUAGGUAACAAUUGUGUCGUUGGAGCUGUAUGCUCGACCAAAAAGGAUGAAAUCAUUCUGGAUAAUACUGUUAUAUAUGGCGAUCAUCACAACAGACGAAUUCAAACGGCGUCAGCCAAUCAAAUUUCCAGCUUGCAUACACGCCAUUUGGAUUAUCUUCGAGAAGUUUUGCCCAAAUUUAAUCAUAUUCGUGUUGUUGGUGCACCCGAAUCGCAAGAAAUUGUCCCCAUUUCGAGGAAAGCGAUAAAACAAACAGCUUCACAUUAG